CAAUUACUAUGAAGUACUCAGGACUGGAAAGGCAAUGCUAUACAUCGGCUCUGCCAGUCUUGGGGGCUAUCUCUAUCGUCGCGAAUGGUGGCAGCGGGGAUACGCCAAAAACGGCUAUCAUGAUGAGAUGAGAUCAGCGAACAUAUGGGCUCCCUGGCCCCAGAGAAUGAUUCACAAGAUAAGAAAGAAACAAAUACUGGCUGACUGCCUGAGGAUCGAGAAGAGCUUCUUGUCUCUCUUUUCCGCUCUGCGUCGUCACUGAAUUCUUAAGAACCCUCUAUGGUUUCUUUACGCUGUUGUGAGAAAAGCAGUCAUUGAAGAGUAACCGGAAUAGAGGCAACAAUGGUUUCCUCAACAGUCCUCCAGGCCUGGGAGGCCUGUGACAAGACCGACACGGUAUUCAUCCUUGUCUGCAGCGUUUUUUGCUGGCCCAUCAUCCCCGCCGUUGGACUGGGUUACUCCGGUUACUCAACGAGGCAGAGCGGACUCGCCUCGUUCAUACCAUCCAUUCUCGCAAUUGCUGUCUGCUCGAUCCAAUGGUGGCUGAUUGGUUACAGCCUCGCCUACGGUGAUGGAAAUGGGGUUAUUGGGGGUCUCAAAAAUGCUUUCCAUCGAGGCGUCCUGGCAGACCCAGUAGGGAGUAUCCCGGCGAUUUUGUUCAGUGAGUUUCAGCUCAUCUUCUGCGCGACAGUGUGCGCUAUUUCCAUCGGAGGUUCGUGUGAGCGUGGGAGGAUCCUGCCUUUGGUGCCUUUCAUUUUUCUUUGGGCUACGUUCAUCUAUUGCCCGCUUGCGCACAUGGUGUGGUCAGAACAAGGCUUCCUAAGUGGCCUUGGAGCCCUAGACUUCGCUGGUGGUACUCCAGUCCAUAUCUGCAGUGGUGCUACCGCAACGGCUCUCAGUCUAUACCUCUCGUACCCGAUUGCGCGUUCACGAAAGUCCUCUGUGCGCACUCCUUCGCAUUUGACACUCCACCGCCCUCAUAACAGCAUGUGCCAGCUGCUUGCUAUGGUCAUCAUCUGGAGCUCCUGGCUCGCCUUCGACGCAGGAACAACCCUCAGCCUGAACUUCAAAUCAGUCAUGGCGUUGUGCGUGACGAAUAUCUGCGCUGCCGGUGGUGCAGUGACAUGGGCAGGCGUGACAUACUUCGAGACUGGAAAGUGGUCUCUCGACUCAACGUUCAUGGGAGCCAUUGCUGGGCUGGUCAUGAUCACCCCCUCUGCUGGUUUCAUCGGCAUGACCACCGCACUCUUCUUCGGAAUUGGAGGUGCCGUCAUCUGUCGCCAGGCGCUACGGAUCAAGUUCACUGACGCUGCUCGUCGAUUCCGCUGGGUGGAUAAUGGAGAUACCUUUGCUACGCACUGCGUGGGUGGUUUUGUGGGUACCAUUGCCACGGGACUCUUCGCCAUGAAGGAGGUUGCUGCCUAUGAUGGGUUCACCGAGAUCACAGGGGGUGUUUUCUUCGAUGGAAACGUCAGGCAGCUCGGUAUCCAGGUCCUGGAGGCCAUCAUUGGAUUCACUUGGGCUUUCGUGGGAUCCUACUUGCUGUUUGCUCUGAUCGACUGCGUUCCUGGACUGGAGGUCUUAGCUGAAGAUAAGGAGAUUAUUUCCGGAAUGGACGCGUCGCAGAUGGACGAGUCGUUGUAUGAAGCUCAGUGGGCGACCGAGGUGGACUAUCACCCCUUUUCAGGGAACGGGGGCAUCGUCUUAGAGUAGAUGUGCUCUGGUGAUGAAUCCUUCUCUUCUAUAUAUCUUCUAUAUAGUUCCAUAAGGUAAUACCCCGACAAUUGUAAUUGAUUUUCCUUUUCGUCCCGGUCAUACAGUAUACGCAGUCGCCGAGGGUGGCGAUAUGCACAAUUAUCCGGGAUGUACGACAGCACGUUUGGGAG